AUGUGUAUAGAAGAAAUCUAAAUAGACAAGGGAUUGGAAAAGUUUUUAAAUGUAGCUAUGAAAUACUAUUCUUGCAGAUAUGGAACAGCUAGGGAUGAUUGGAGAGCAAAAGCCGAAGCUUAAUGGAAUGGCCUACCUUUGUAUAAGGAUAAAAUGAAAGUCUUGGAAUUUAUGCAAAGCAAAAUCAAAUAAUUGGAAGGGCCUUCGAUAAAAAUUACCAAGUUCUUUAAGCAAAUUCCUCAUUCAGAUCUCUAAAAAUAAGAAAUUAAAAUUGCUUAGAUUGAACAAUAAUCUGAUAUCGAAGAGCAAGCAGGAAUGUCGACAGUUUAAAAAUCUAAGAAAUCUAGAUAUAGUAGGUUUUUUGAGGAAAAUUAUUGGAAAAUGAAAUUAGAAAAUGAAAUUCUCAGUCACGAAGAAAUAUAAUUGUUGAUAAAGAAAUUAUGGGAGGAAAAUGAAGAAGAUAGAACGCACAAUAUGAGUAAAUAAAAAUUAAGUUUUUGA